UCCACACUAGCAGCCAUCAACUCCAAACCUCAAAGCUUCAACCACCACCGCUCUCUCGCACAUGGCCACGUGUCUCCCCUUCCGCGUCGUCCCCUUUAAACCCUCCUCCUCCACCCGCGCCGCUAAAAUCACGUGCUCCUCCGUCGCCGCCCAAUCCCGCCUCGCCAAGCAAGACCUCCUCUCCCUCAUCGCCGACCAGGACCGCGGCCUCAAGACCCAGGCCGACCCAGCCAGGCGCGCCGCCAUCAUCGACGCCAUCGACGCCUUGGCCGAUCUCGGCAAGGGCACCGUCACCACCGGCACCGACCUCUCCGCCACGUGGCGGCUGCUUUGGACGACGGAGAAAGAGCAGCUAUUCAUCAUCCAGAACGCCUCCGUGUUCGGCACGCGCGCCGGCGAUGUUCUUCAGGUCAUCGAUGUUGGCCGGAAGGUCCUCAACAAUGUCAUCACUUUCCCUCCCGACGGCGUCUUCUUCGUUCGCUCCACUAUACAAGUGGCUUCGCAGCAGAGAGUGAAUUUUAGGUUUACGAGUGCGGUUUUACGAGGGAAGAGCUGGGAGUUUCCGUUGCCGCCGUUUGGGAAGGGCUGGUUUGAGUCUGUGUACCUUGAUGAAGAGAUUCGAGUGGCAAAGGAUAUCAGAGGAGAUUAUUUGGUUGUGGACCGUGCUCCCUAUACUUGGAGAGAAUGAAGCUGAGGAAGUUUUAGACUUCUGUUGAUGGGAUUUUAUUAAUGUUUGAAACUGUAUACCUCGAUGAUGAGAUACGGGUUGUGAAGGAUAUAAGAGAAGACUAUUUGGUUGUAGACCGUGCUCCCUAUGCUUGGACAGAAUGAAGAAAAUAAAGUUUUCCACUGGCUGCAUUGUUGCUAUUCUUGGACGUAAUGUGAGUUUGCUUACUCAAAGUGAAUUAUUUGGUGAUCUAUGUUAUACCACAUACGUUUCCAUAUUGUUCAGUCUUCCAGAUCUGAUCUAUUUGUAUAGCUCUGAUGUGUAAUUUGUGCAAUAUAGUGUGGUUUAUCAAUGCACAUUGCUUAAUACAUGUUUGUACAUGCAUACAUUUAUGCACAUGUGAUUAUUAGAAUAGGUUAGAAUCAUUAGCUAUGCCUGUUUUCACUCUGAUGCACCAGUAUAUUCAUAUUUGUUAAUGAA